UCAGUAGAAGAUGACGUUUUUUCAAUACUGAGUACAUGGAAUUUUCUUUUUCAGAGUGAUUGGAAUGAUGGAAAAGUCAUAAGCGAGAUCAUACGAUCACUAGGAGGUUCAGCUACAGCUCCAGAAAAAUUGAAAAAUGAUCCUGCUUACUGGGAGGCUAACCUGAGUCAAGCUUUAGAAUCUGGAAAGAGAAUGGGCGUGCAACCUGUGUUGUCAGCAAGGGAUAUGGCUGACAAAAACGUGGAACAUCUAGGUGUAAUGGCGUAUGCUGCUCACUUUCAAUGGGUACCUGAAAGACCUCCUCUGAAUGAUCUCAUCAAUGCCACACUCAAUUCAACUUCAGGAAGAGUUGGAGAGCAGACACAUUAUCAAGUCACUCUGCUAGACUCCUCCCUCUCUUACUCAAAAGUGACAACAGAAAUACGAGGCCCGGACAAUAAAGUGUACCUCGGUAAGAAUCUAAAUCAUGGUAGAGGAUCAUUCGUCCCCUCCAAAGUGGGAAUGCACGAGUUGAUUGUCAAGUAUGAAGGAGAAGAAAUUUUGACUGGACAUUAUUUUAGAGUUCUACCUCCUUUGGUGGAAGUUGCUCCUCCAGGAAUGGCACCCUGUGCUCUAGGAUCGUUGGUACAAGUUCUCGUUAAUGCCACGGGUACACCGAGAAGGGAAGAUAUUUUGGUAACGGCUUACAGCCCAACUGGUCGCCCCUUGAACUGUCCUCUAACAGUAGUAGAUGGAACUAACAGCGCCACUUUCAAACCCGAUGAGGCUGGGGAGUGGAGGAUAGAGAUAACAUACCAGGGAAAACAGAUUCAGGGUGGUCCAUUUACUUGUUCAGUAUUCGAUCCUGACGGGGUGCACGCAUCUGGUUUCGAAGGGGCCCUUCCUCUAGUCCCCCACGCUAUUGAUUUGGAUUGCAGAGCCGUGGGAGUUCCAGGGGACGUUUCGGCAGAUAUUGUUCACGAUAAACGAUCGGUUCAUUGCCACGUGGAGAAGUUGGACAACUUCCACUAUAGGAUACACUUCACCCCCAAAGAGGCCGGCAAACAUAGGGUUUACGUAUAUUUCAACGGUUAUGAUGUGAAAGGAUCCCCAUUCAUGAUGCGCGUUGGAACCCAAAGGAGGUCCAAAUCGUCCAACAGCAGUCCCAGCUCAACAUACAGGGCCAGUCCAACCAAUCGCUUCAAUUCUUCCAGCCCAACUGCCCCUAGUCCCAAUACAAUGAAAAAUACUAUCUACAAUAGUUACAGACAAAACGCAAGCCCCCUUCUAGAAGAAACACAAAAAUUCGCACAGGAACACCACAUGAGAUCAGUCGCUGAGAAGCGUAUGACCGCAAACUCUCCCAACUUUGCUGACAGAAAUAGUCCCAGCUACAUGCAACGCACGAACAGCCCGAGCUACAUGCACCGAACCACGAGUCCAAGUUACAUGCAUAGAACGGCAAGUCCCAGCUACCAACCACCAAGUCCCGGCUACCGUCCCUCCAGUCCCUCCCAAGGUCGAGACAGUCCCGAUCGUAUCACAAGUAAAAGACUGAAUGAAAAAAGAUAUGACACUGCUAGUCCUAGUUUUGCAAAGAAAACCGAGUUUGAUUUCACGUCGAAAAUGUCAUCGAUGAGAAUGGCAGAUUCUAGAAGUCCUAAUUUUUUGGAGAGGUCCAGCCCUGAAGUAGGAAACUACAGCUCCACUUCGAGAUAUGACAAACGGGUAACUGAAAGUCGAACUUACAAUUCCUCAGCCGACGGAGUCGAUACGAGCCCCAUCAUAAAAGUAUCAGCCAUGACGGACAACUCUUCUUCGAGAAGGGAUUCCUGGGAUGCAAUUGCGAAAACAAAAAACAUGCUUUCUGACAGAAGUCUUGAGUCCUUGGCCAACUUGACGGAAUCGCAGCUGGAUUCUGAGUUGAGGAGAAAAAAAGCGGAAGAACAAUCAAGGUUCAUUUCAAAGGAGCAAAGCUACAACAGAAAUGAGCAGUCUUUCAAGACGAGUUACAACCAGAAUUUCACUUCUCAAAAAUAUUCAACGAACGUUGAUGAAUAUGGGGAGAGGGGUUACGGCAGGAACUCUCCCGUAUAUUCAAGGGCAGUGAAGGGAGGCGGAGCAUCUUCAGUGAGAGUACAACCAGUGCCUGAUGGCGUUUUAGGCCAGCCUGUUGAGUUUGAGAUUGACGGCAGUGGUGCUGGAUCUGGCGAUCUAGAAAUCCUGGUUGAGGGAGGAAGGGUUACAUCCAGCGUCAGGAGUCUUGGAGGGCAGAGAUUCAAAGCUGCAUUCACACCUCAUCAAGCUCUUCCCCACAGAGUUGACAUCAAGUUCAACGGCGAAACAGUUCCAGGUAGCCCUUGGCAUGUGAACAUCAUGUCCAACAACGCCAACCUGUCCGUCUUAGGGGAGUCCACAAGGCUGGUACCAGCCAACACCCCUACCGUUUUCGAAAUCAUCACCACCACAAAUACGGCUCCCGCGGAUCUUUCCGUACAGGUCAUUUCCCCCAGCAAAAGGGUAGUACCGGCGAGGGUACAACCGGGCAACCGUACCGGUGUGCAAAGCGUCGAAUUCGUACCGACGGAAGUUGGUACUCAUGUAGUUGAAGUUUCCGUUAACGGGGAGAAACUUCCCUCCGGACCCUUGGUCGCGAAAGUUUAUGAUGCCGGGUUGAUACAGGUGGCUGAUGUCGGUGGGGGUGUUAUUGGUCAGCCGGUUCAGUUCAGAGUUGAUGCCAGUCAAGCCGGGGAAGGACAGCUGGAAAUCUCAAUAAAUGAAGGAGAAGUCCCGAACCACGUCCAAGUCGUCGGCGGAGGCAGAUGCCUCGUCUCCUUCACCCCAGACCAAGCAAAACCCCACCUAAUCGACAUCAAAUUCAACGGAGAAACUGUUAGGGGAUGCCCGUUUGUCUGCUCUGUUUCUGACACGAGCAGAGUUAUUCUCUCCUUGUCCCACUUGGAACUCAUUCCAGUGAACCAACCGAGCUCCUUCCACAUGGGCGUGGCUGGUGGAGGAGCCGCGGAACUAGCUGUAGCAGUUAGAGGACCGAUAGGCGAGUUGCCUGUGAAAGUCACGGGUGAUAUCCAUUCCGGCUUCACAGCUGAGUUCACCCCCACUCAAGUGGGUGCCCAUCAAAUCAGCGUGGACUACAACGGUAGGCCUGUCCAAGGCACCCCGUUCAUAGCCAAGGCCUUUGAUUCUAACAAAGUGACCGUUGGAACGGUUGCCAGAGGCACCGUAGGCAGACCAGUGACUUUCUCCGUCGACGCCAGCGAAGCUGGCGAAGGAAACCUCGAGAUAACCAUCUCAGCCAGAGGGCUUAACAUUCCUACGCAGGUCCACCCACAAGGCAACGCCAGGUUUGCGGUCAGCUUCGUACCUGCCGAAGCCUGCGACCAUGUCGUGAACGUGGCUUUCAAUAAGAGGCCUGUGGUCGGGUGUCCGCUCAUUGUGAGUGUGGGGGGUAGUGGAACGGGACCCAGUGUGACGUUGCCGGGACCUGGACCAGUACACAGGGCUAGUACGUUGUUGAUCAACCAUCCCGGAAGACUUGAAGAUAUUGAAGUUAACGUUGAGGGACCCGGCGGACAAUCAGUACCGACUCAAGUACAGCCCCUAGGAAACGGUCAGUUUAGGGCUGAAUUUGUACCGAGGGUGGUUGGUGAACACCGAAUCAACGUCAGUGUCAGUGGAAUCCCUACUGCUGGUAGUCCCUACGCCGCAAAAGUGUACGACGUGCAGGCCAUUAGAAUCACCGAAGCAGCCACUGGCAUCGUUGGCAAAGCCGUUACAUUUUUAGUUGAAACAAGCCAAGCAGGUCCGGGAAACCUAGAAGUGACCGUAAAUGGCGGUCUUGUUCCAACAUCUGCCCAAGCUCAGGGUCCUCACACCUACGCAAUAUCGUUCACACCCAGAGAAGCUACAGAGCACUCCGUAGAUCUGAGAUUCAACGGCCAAGACGUUCCGGGUAGCCCAUUCAAAUGUAACGUGUCUCCCGCUGCGAAGAUCAUAAUCCCGGAGACACUGGAUAAGGUCUCAGUUGGCAAACCUUGCACGUUUGUUGUGGAUAGUCCAAACCCUCCUAUUGUUGAGAUUUUGGGACCUGCUAGACGACCUUUAGUAACACAGGUGCAACCUCAAACAAACACCGUAGGCAAGUUCGACGUUACCUUCACACCAAUCGACGUUGGCGACCACAGUGUUGAAGUUCGUCUUCAGUCCGACCAUAUAGAAGGAAGUCCCUUCCUCAUCAAGGCUUACGAUGCUAACAGAGUAACGGUUACAGACAUAACCGAUGGAAUAGUCGGCAAACCGGUUUCGUUCAGCAUCAAUGCUUCUCAAGCUGGAGCUGGUAAUUUGGAAAUUAUCGUUGCUGUGGGUGGCAGAAAUGUUCCAAAUUUCGUACAAAGCGAAGGAAAUGCAAGGUUCAAGGUCAACUUCAAGCCGACCGAGGCUGCAACGCAUACUCUCAGUGUCAGGUUCAAUGGUCAGCCCGUACCAGGUUCGCCGUUCAACUGCAAAGUUAAUCCAGGAAAUACGCAGCCUAGAGUUCCAGUUUCUGGUAACGGCAUUGAACUGUCUGCAGUAGGACAUCCAGCUGAAAUCAAGAUUGAAGGAGUAACAAGUGGAGAACCUCAGGUAAUAGCAACGGCCCCUAGCGGAAAAAACAUUCCGACAAAACUCAUCGUGAACGGAGAUACUUACAUCGCCAGGUUUGUCCCCGAAACAGUAGGACGACACUCCGUAGCCAUCUUGAUCAACGACCAGCAUGUCAUCGGUUCUCCUUUCAGCUGCAAUGUGUAUGACGUGAGCAAAGUAAUCGUAACAGGCCUGCCGGGACGUAAGACUGAUAUAACAAAAUCCAUCAACGAAAUCAGCCUAAAGGACAUCGGCCCUGCUGAGGUUGGUAAACCUGUAACCUUCAGCGUGGAUGCUGCACAAGCAGGAGAAGGGACCUUGGAGCUUGUGGUUUCAACCCAGCACACUACAAUUAAGGCAGAGGUGGUAGCCUGUGCUAGGGGUUUAUAUGACGUCACUUUCGUUCCUUUAACAGCUGAAGACCAUUACGUCAACAUAACCUUCAACGACAUGACUGUGGCAGGGAGUCCUUUCCACUGCACCGUCAUUGAGUCCACCCAGUACUUCCAAAUUGGAGCUACAGCUUACAUCGAUUUGCCCAGUGAGAACCACCGUAUUGAAAUUAGCGAUCCCAACAACCACCAUGUUAAGUACAUCGUGAACAAUUACAAAGGAGAGUUCAACUUGACGCAGACUGGAACUUAUAGAGUUGAUAUUCUCAGAGAUAAUGAGAUAGUGGCAACAAGGACGUUGCAUGUUUUUGACACGACGAAAAUCGACGUGAUCAAUGUACCGGAUGCCGUUUGUCAUAGACCUGCCGUGGUUGGAAUCAAUAUGAAUAAAGUUGGACCUGGAAAAUUGACAGCUGCUGUAAAGGUUGCCAACAGAGAUGUAGCACAUAGUGUGAGACAGAGUCCUACCAAUUCCAACAUGUGGGAAGUUGUGUUUCACCCAAUUCACGCUGCACCUCAUAGAAUCACGCUGUUUUAUAAUGGAGUGCCUAAGUUUGGAGUUUUAGAAGUACCAGUUAAAGGUCCAGGCAACGAACCUUGGUCUGGUGGAUUAGGUUUAUAUCAGGCAAAGGUAGGCAAAGUGAACUCCUUCCACAUCGAAACGUUGGGUAGAUCAGCAAGAGAGUUCGACGUAGUGGUCAGCGGUCCGACAGGCUCAGCCGUUCCUGUUAGAUGUUAUCAGACCAAGACUGGAAAACUCCAAGCAGAGUUCACAACGAGGGAAAUAGGUCCGCACAAGGUGGAGGUGCUCCACCAAGGCAAGCAUCUCAACGGCAGUCCUUUCACCUGUAACAGUUUCGAUCCUGAUAAUGUACGAAUCGUUGAUAUUCCUUCUUCGCAAGGCAAUGUCGGAGAUAAGGUGUACUUUAAUGUUUCUUCCAAGAACUGCGGCUCGGCUGAACUGGAAAUCCAAGUGUGCAACCCCAUCAACCAGACCCUAACCGUCCACCAAACCCCCAUAGAUGACAAACUCGUCCAAGUCAUGUUUCUACCAACUCUAGCGGGCCUAUACCAAGUGGUCGUAACUUACGGAGGUGUCCCGGUGAAGGGGUCCCCUCUGGCGCUAGGGGUUGGUCCUGUGGGUCCGACGCCGCCCCCGAGGGCCGUUGGAAAAGGGCUAGAGGUGGGACGAGUGGGAGAGAGGACGUCUUUCACCGUGAGCAGCGUUGUGCAACCGAGGGUGACUGUCGAAGCCGUUGAGGGUAAUAUCGAUGUGCAGAUACAGACCACGAAGCCAGGCGAGUAUACGAUUACGUAUACGCCGAAGUGGGUUGGUAGUUACGAUAUCAUCAUCAGUAUUGGUCCAAAUGACCUUCCUGGAUCACCGUUCAGACCCAUCAUCGUCGACCCAUCAGCAGUGCGGCUAAUCGGAGGUUGGACGCAAUACCUCGACGAUUCCGGACGCAUAAAACUUCCCGCUAAGCUGGCCUUUGACACGUCAAACGCCGGUCCGGGCACUCUGGAGUGCAAAAUUGCCGGCCGAAAAGUGAACACCGACAAAAACGGAACUCGGGUUCGAUUCGACAUAUCCGGCGAAGGUCUCAGCCCGGGAGAACACGAUUUCGACAUCAGGUUCGCCAACAUACCAUUGCCCGAAGCGCCCAGUGUUGUCGCUUGUCUUGGGGAUCAAGUGGUUCUUACUGGAUUAGGAUUGGCGCAUGCGCAGUGCAGAGAACCGGCUGUGUUCACCAUUGAUGGGUCGAGAGCUGGCAGUGGAAACCCGGAAGUGACCUUGCAUGCUGCAGAUACCAACAUCCCUGUUCCCGUUAUGAUCAGCCUAGCAGGAGACAAAAUCUGGAAAGCUGCCUAUACGACAACGAUUCCAGGAAACUAUUUGUUGUCAGUACUUUGGGCAGGUAGGCUAGUCAAAGGAUGUCCUCUGAUAGUAGAAGCCAAAGGAGGAGCAGAUGCUUCCAAGGUACUCUGUUCUGGAGAAGGCCUUCGACAAGGAGUAGUAGGACGAGAAAUCAGAUCCUGGAUAGACACAAGAAGGGCUGGUCCCGGAGAACUGACGGCGCACUGCACUGGCCCUAAAAAAGUGGCAUAUUGUGAACUUUAUGACCAUGGAGAUGCAACUUUCACGCUGAACGUCAAGCCUCAAGAGUCAGGAAGACAUGCACUCACCAUCAAGUAUGCUGGUCAACACGUUCCCGGAUCACCCUUCACUUUGAGAGUGGCUGGAGCUCCAGAUCCCAGCAAGGUCCGGGUGUACGGUCCAGGUGUAGAACAUGGAGUUUUAGCAACAUUCCAGUCGCGAUUCAUUUGCGACACGCGGGGAGCAGGAGCCGGACAACUCACUGUUAGAGUUAGAGGUCCUAAAGGAGCUUUCAGAGUUGAGAUGCAGAGGGAAAGUCAAAAAGAUAGGACUAUACUCUGUAAAGUGAGUUAUUUCGCUGUUAAGAUCAUGAAAGACAGUAGAGUUCCAUAAUUAGGAAUGAAGGAA